AUGAAGAUCAGUAGAGGUGACCCUGCAGAUGAUGAGAUGAGAGCAGACCUGACAGAAUAUCUUCAACAGAAAGAGAAGAUAUCUGUUAUAAUAAAAGUUCUUGAAGAAUUCAGAAGUCAAAGAGAGGAAAUUCUUUUGACUGCAGAACAGUCUGAAACUGAUGAUAUUCUUGAAGAUAAUGAUCUUGAUAAGAAUGUCAUCAUGAACAUGCAAUGUUUCUGA